AUGGCUGCUCUGCAGGAGAAGAAAUCAUGCAGCCAGAGGAUGGCCGAGUUCCGGCACUACUGCUGGAACCCCGACACAGGACAGAUGCUGGGCCGCACCCCAGCCCGAUGGGUGUGGAUCAGCCUGUACUAUGCAGCUUUCUACGUGGUGAUGACUGGGCUCUUCGCCUUGUGCAUCUAUGUGCUAAUGCAGACCCUCGACCCUUACACCCCUGACUACCAGGACCAGCUAAAGUCGCCGGGGGUAACCUUGAGGCCUGAUGUAUAUGGGGAUAGAGGUCUACAGAUUUCCUACAAUGUCUCUGACAACAGUUCCUGGGCCAGCCUCACACACACCCUCCACAACUUUCUGGAAGGUUACACCCCAGCGUCCCAGCAAGACAGCAUCAACUGCACCUCUGAGAAGUACUUCUUCCAGGAGAGCUUUGCAGCGCCCAACCACACCAAGUUCUCCUGCAAGUUUACUGCAGACAUGCUGCAAAACUGCUCAGGCCUGGUUGACCCCAGCUUUGGCUUUGGGGAGGGAAAGCCAUGCUUCAUUAUUAAGAUGAACAGGAUUGUCAAGUUCCUCCCCAGCAACACUACAGCCCCCCGAGUGGACUGCACCUUCCAGGAUGACCCCCGAAAGCCUCAGCAGGACAUGGAGCCCCUUCAGGUUGAAUACUACCCACCCAAUGGCACCUUCAGUCUGCACUACUUCCCUUAUUAUGGCAAGAAAGCACAGCCCCACUAUAGCAACCCUCUGGUGGCAGCAAAACUACUCAACGUCCCCAAGAACAUGGAAGUCCUCAUCAUGUGCAAGAUCCUGGCAGAUCACGUGACCUUUGACAAUCCCCAUGACCCAUAUGAAGGGAAAGUGGAGUUCAAACUUACAAUUCAGAAGUAA